AUGUCCCUCCCCUCUCCUCCUCCUCCUCACCCAACUCCCUCUCUCCCAUCGAACAACCACUUCUACCCUCCAUCCCCAAACUCAACCUCAUCCGCAACUUCUCUCCCACUCGAACACAUCUCCCCACCAACACCUACCAUACGCCCUAACAACAUUUCCCCGAAACGCACAGGCUCCAUACUCGAGAACGCCCAUGAAGCACCCCGUCUCUCUAGGCCUAACGGAAUCCCCAUCGGCACACGCAGCGGGAACGGGAAUGGCAGACCUGUCUACCCUUCCCCCGUACGAGGGCGUCAAAUAGACCGAGAGCGGGCGUUCUCCGGGUCUGCAACUACCCUGGGUACAGACCACACCUUUGCAACAGGAAGCGAGACCGUCGUCCCCUCCGAACCAGAAGUAGAAGACGGACACGCCCUUCCUCACAUCACCCUCGACACCUCUUUCCAAGCUCAACCGCUCUCACCCUCACUCGGCCCAGCAAGCGCACUCCCGCAUCGCACAACACGCAAAUCGAGCAUCUCCUUCGCUCCCCUCCCCUCCCCCGAACGCCCCCGUCAGAGGCGAAACUCCAUCACGCUGGGCGUUGCUGCCCGCUCCCAGAUCCUCCGUUCUCAAGGCUCGGGCGCUGCGCCCCGUCCUAGACCUCGAGGGCCGAAGGUGGUUCAUGUUUACGAGGGGGGUCAGGACUGGAGCGCUGCGAAACGGGAACAGGUGGUGGAUCUUGGAGAGUUGGGGAAAAAGUUGUGGAAGAAGUGGAGGGAGGGGAGAAAGCCCGUCCAGGGGGGGAAGGAGAUGAGCACGGAGGAAGCGAGGGAGAGGGAACGGGAGGAAGAAGCUGUGCUGGAGUUGAAGAGGCAGGAAUCGAGGGAGAGGGCCGCGCGGGUUCUUGGAGUGCCGGGAGUGCCAGGUGUGCCGGGCGUCCAGGAGGAGGAAGAGGAAAGGGAAGCGGAAGAGCUGGAGAAAGAGGCUCAAGAGGCGGAGGGGCCGACGGCGCAUGCGAAGCCUACGCCUGGAUCGCCGCCUCCUGAACUCGAGGAGGGCGAAGCCGAAGCCGAAGGAGAGGAGGAGGGAGGGGGGGAGGGAGAGGGAGGGGCUGAGGAAGAAGAGGAAGAAGAAGAACCAGCAGUGGAAGAACAGGCCGAAUCAGAGCCUGAACCUUCUCAUCCUGCGCCCACCAACAUCAACACCGACGCUGACAACGACAAAGAGAACGACGCUGUAGCCGGUGCCGGUGGGUGGCAGGGCAUAGGCAGACGCCGUAGUCGGUCCCCUUCCUCGGGUGGGAUGACCUACGUGCAGCGGGAAGUGUUGGGGUUCGUAUUCUCUGAUGCGGAUGGGGAGAAGGAGUAG